AUGGUUUCCCUAAGAAGCCUCGCCAUUGGUAGCUUCUUUGCCAUUGGCACCCUAGCAUCUGAACUCGUCCGAAGAGAUGUCAAUCCCGGCCCUGUCAAGGGUGAUACCUUCAUCCACGACCCUACCAUUGUCAAGAGACCUGACGGUACCUAUCUUGCUGCUUUCACAGCCAACGGCAUUGGUCUGAAGACAUCCGCCGACCGUACUACUUGGAAGGACGUCGGCGCCGCAUUCCCCAACGGCGCUGCUUGGACUCUUACCUACACCAAGAACGACAAGAACCUGUGGGCACCUGACUUGUCCUAUCACAACGGUCAAUACUUUAUGUACUACUCAGCUUCUAGCUUUGGUACAUCCAAAUCUGCUAUCUUCCUUGCUAGGUCUAAGACCGGUGCAUCCGGCUCAUGGACUAAUGACGGACUUGUCGUCGAAUCUAAUGAUAAGAGCAACUACAAUGCUAUCGACCCUAAUCUCUUCGUUGAUUCUGAUGGCAAGUGGUGGCUUUCAUUUGGCUCCUUUUGGUCCGGUCUCAAACUUGUUGAGCUGAACCCUUCCACUGGCAAGCCUGUCAACAAGAACAACAUCAUAUCCAUUGCCGCUCGCCCCAACAACGGCGGAGCCAUUGAAGCACCUUAUAUUACUAAGCAUGGCAACUACUACUAUCUCUGGUCUGCUUUUGAUAGCUGUUGCAAGGGAGUUCAGAGCACUUACCGUACCAUGGUUGGUCGCUCUAACAAGGUUACUGGACCUUACGUUGAUAAGGCUGGCAAGCAACUGAUGCAGGGCGGCGGCACCCAGCUUCUCGCUAGCCAUGGCAAUAUCCACGGUCCAGGUCACCCAGCUGUUUUCAAAGACAAUGAUGCCGACGUGCUUGUCUAUCAUUAUUAUAAUGCCCAGGGUACUGCCCAGCUCGGCAUUAAUCUCAUUCGUUACGACAAUGGCUGGCCCACUGUAUACUAA